AAGCCGUUGCUGGAUUCCUGACGUGCUGUUGCGCAGAGUGCGGGGAGGUGCCUCGCACCUCUGCCAUGGCGAUGUCAGAGAAAGAACAGCUUCGACUCUCCUGGAUGACACAAUUCAAUAAAGCCCAACAACAUGACUCCUGGGGCCAAGUCGUCGAGGCGCAGGAGGACUACCAGUCAAUGGCUGCACAGAUAGCAGCCAAGCAGGGCUUGCCAACCAUCACGUCCAAGGAGAAGGACAUUCUGCACCGUUUGGCGCUGUGUUUGGGCGCUCGUGCACAGGCCUUGCGCACGAUGCACGAGAACAUCACAGUGACGGACAUGAAGUGCUUGGUGCCUAUCUUUGAGGCGUUGUUUACGGGCGCAGAGCCUGAAAUAUUUCCCGUCGAUGCAAGCAAAUAUCAGUUUGCGGCUUCGAUGGUAAAGCCAAGUACCGAAGGAGAAAUCAUUUGUGCUGAUGCGGAGGACGAAAGCUCCACGGAUUGGCAUCAGCGACAAGCUGUGCUUCGGACAGUGCGCGGCACAGUUGUGUGCUUUCGGAUCGAAAAGAUAGGUCUGAAAGAUGCUCAGGAGUAUAUAGACCCUUUCAUGACGGUGCUAGUAGCAGAUGCGCGUGCUAAUAUUCUGGACUCCAGAGAUACGAAUUUUGCCUCCGAGCGACGUGCCACCCAUGUGAUGUUCAACCAGCAGGUGUACUUAAAUGUGUCGCUGGAGGACAUGGAAAGAUCGGGAGCAGCAAUUUUCUUUGAAUUCAAGCACUACAAGCCGAAGAAGAAGAAGAUCUCCACUAGGUGCUGGGCAUUCAUGGAGCUGACAGAGCUCAAACGAGAUGAGGAGAUCGUGCUGGAGAUCUACCACAAGCCAACUGAUCUUAAGAAGAAGAAACUGAACCUGCACUCUGAGAAGCCGCUAUACCUUCAUCUUUUUGCCACUUUCAUCAGCAACUGAGAGACACCGUCUCACAAGAAUCUGGCUUCAGAGCCUACGCCCUGUGAUUCAGAGUUGCUUAAAGUAGAG